AUGUCUGCUAGCGCAUUAUCAUCGAUACUUAAUAAACACACUUUAACUGGCGAGAAUUUUACCGAUUGGAAAAGGAACCUAAAGAUCGUCCUAACCUUUAAGAAACUGAAUUUCGUACUAAAUACACCUUGUCCUCCGGAGCCACCUGUUGAUGCUCCUAAUGAGGUUUUCCUAGCAUAUCAACGCUGGAAUGACUCUGAUGAUAUGGCUCGCUGUCAUAUGAUGGCGAGCAUGUCCACUGUGCUACAAGCACAACAUGAAGAUUACAUAACUGCUCGUCAGAUUAUGGAUAAUCUUGAGGACAUAGAGAAGGCUAGGUCUUCCAUAAAGGAACAUAUGCUGAAGGUGAUGGGCUAUUUGGCUGACGCUCAGUCUAAUGGGGCCGACAUUGAUACUGAGUCUCAAUUGACCAUGAUCUUUGAGACUUUGUCGAAUGAGUAUAUUCCGUGUAGGGCAACGUUCAAUUUGAGCGCUAAACAGAAUAUAACCUUGACAGAGUUGAUGUAA